AUGAAUACUUUAGUAAAAGGAUAUGGAGAAGUAACGGCAAUUGAUUGCGGCAGAUUUUCGACUGUAUAUAAAGCACAAGAAUUAUCUACAAAGAUUACUUUUGCGAUUAAAUCAAUAAGUUUAACUUCCAGAUCUAACGAUACAAUAGCUCCAUAUAGAGAAAUACAAGCAUUAAGUGUUUGUGAACAUCAGAAUAUAGUUAAAUUGCAUGAAGUAGUUCAAUCAGCUUCAGCAAUAAAUCUCGUUAUGGAAUACAUUCCUUACAAUUUAUCGAAAGUUUUAUCAUCAAAUAUAGUAUCAGAAAGUUUGGCAAAAGGGUUUAUUUUGCAGCUAUUUCGAGGCCUCGCACAUAUGCAUUCGCUUGGAAUGAUUCAUCGCGAUAUAAAACCACAAAAUUUACUGGUUACAAAGCAAGGAGUACUCAAAAUAUGCGAUCUUGGAUUAUGCAGAUUACUCACUGAUCAUUCCAAUCAACAAGGUUAUGAUGAUUCCCAUGCCUGGACACUUCAAGUUGGUACACACUAUUAUAGAUCUCCUGAACUACUUUAUGGAGAUCGAAAUUACGGGUAUCCAAUUGAUAUUUGGGCUGCAGGUUGUGUUAUGGCAGAAAUUUUAACAGGUUCUCCUCUUUUCCCAGGAACUGGUGAUGUAGAACUCCUUGCAAUGAUAAGUGAUCUACUUGGUGAUGCUUCAGAGAAAAAUUGGCCAGGAAUUUCUCAAUUAUCUGAUUUUGGAAAAAUUUGUUUCAAAGAAAAGCCUGCCAAGGAUUUCCAUGAGAUUUUCCAGUCACUAAGUGAAGAAGCCAUUGAUCUCCUCCAAAAAAUCAUUGUUUAUGAUCCAGCAAAGCGAAUUUCGGCUGCUGAAGCAUUAAAGCAUCCUUGGUUUAGGACGGAACCAGCUCCAAUCAUUGCGCCAUUUGAUGGUCAAUCAUUUGAUAUUUUACAGCAUUCUUAUAUAUGA